AUGUCCUACAUGCUUCCGCAUCUACACAAUGGCUGGCAGGUAGACCAGGUCAUCCUUUCAGAGGAGGACUGCGUGAUCCUCAUUCACUUCAGACAAGACUGGGGCCCCACUUGCAUGAAGAUGGACGAAGUUCUGUACAUCAUCGCCAAAACGAAAUGGAAGAUAGCCUGUUUUGCGACCGAUUAUAUGGUAAAUUUUGGAGAAGUCCCUGAUUUUAAUAAAUUAGCUCAGUUGUAUGACACAUGCUCCAUUAUGUUUUUCUUCAGAAGCAAAUAUAUCAUGGUUGAUUUGGGCACUGGAAACAACAAAAUCAACUGGACCUUGAAAGACAAGCAAAACAUGGAUGACCUCAUAGAGACCAUAUACCAUGAUGCCUGCAAAGACCAGAGUCUGGUGGCAUCUCCCAAAGACUAUUCUACAAAGUACAGAUAUUAA